CACACCCAUACACACGCUUCUCAGCAGGACUUCAUAUUACUAUGUGCUUUCAGCACAGGAAAUGGUUUUGGACAUACUGAUUAAAACUUCAGCCAAAUGCACACUCGCAAGAACAUUUCUAGACAGACUAACUUCUCUGUUUUUCUCUUUUAUACACAUACAUAGGCAUCAGAAAAACAUAUCUUGAUAUCAGGGGUACAUAUGCCCAGUGACAACUUGUAUUUAGUCCUGUGUAGCCGGAUGACUGUAAAACCUUUUGGAUUGAGCCAUGGAGCAGUUCUUCUGUCUUCUCAUUGCCCUCGUUGCAUCUUCAUCCAUCAUCUCAGAAGGAAAUCACACAAACACAAGUGCAGCACCUUCAAACACUUCCACUUUGUCUGAGUGGCCCACUGAUUCAAGCACAAUCCAAACAUCUUUAGAACAAACAGUGACUCCCAAUCCUACAUCUCACCGUGACAAUGUUAUGACCAGCCAAACCUCUAAACCAUUAAGCACAGCAGUCAUGGCCCAUUUAUCUUCCAGCCUGACAGGCAGUACUGUUGGAUCCAGCCGCUCUUCAUGCACAUCAGGGCAUUCCGUUACGACAGGCUCCACAUCAACAACAUCAAAAUCCUACACUGACACAAGUCAAAAUGCUGUCUCAUCCUCAGUGGCCAAUAUAACAGGUUUUCCUAAAUUUACAAAGACUUCAACUCCUACAGUUCAUUCAAACACUUUAGGAGGAAUGACAGGGUGGACAGCAGCACCUACGCAGACACCAGGCAACAACCUCACUAUGCUUGCCUUUGGUGUGAUGAGUCUCAUACUCAUUUUAAUCGUUGUCAUGGUGAUCUUGGUGACCACUAUCAACCUCAGGGGACGGUGUCGAGGCACAAAGCAGCAGGAGGGUAUUAAAAGCUACAACUCUGUGGUGCCUGACAGCAACAUGACCAACAACUGUGAGAAAGAGAGUAUCACUCUUCUCUCCGUGAGGACAAUAAACACAGACAAUGAAACAGAUUCACCCCAGCUUUCUUCAGUUCGCUGCACUAUAGUAGACAAUGAAGACCAAGAACUCAACAGAGACCUGCUGGGCAUCAAAGGCGGGCUUUGAUUUCACUUAAAUCACAGAGAGAAUGACAAAAGAUCCCUCUUCAUGCUUAUUUGAUAUAUUUAUGAAGUUGCAAACGUAGGUUUGGGAGGAGCACGCUCAUCAAGCCUGCCAAUCAUAUCCCAAGGAUAUAUAAGCAGCUGCUUCCCUCACACCAUUGACGAUUCUUCCGGCAUCCCACCGCCUCCCCAUCUCCCCCUUUCUAUUUCAUAACGCCUAUACAAUUUUUUUUCUUCUUUUAAUUGCCUUUCUUUUCCUUGCUCUAGACAGCAAGGAAAAGAAUGGAGAGGCUCGAGCACAGGACUGGGCUUCAGUCAGAUUGUCACGGUCCUGUCACUCUGUCAGUUUGGGUUUUUGUUUGACAGGACCGUGGCAUUAUCGUCCCAUGUCUGUCUUGUGUUUCGUUGUCUGUCUUUGUAUGAGUGUGCGGUUUCGGUUUGUCUUUUUUCAUGUCUGGAGUAUGGUGUCUGGGUCCUGACUUCCUGUCUGGUUCGGUUUCAGUCUGUGUUGUGAUCCGGACACUCAUACUCCAUGUCUAUCUGUUAUUGACGUUGGUGCAUCACGCUUAUAUCAUCUUGGCAGCAUGCACUCGUGUCAAUAGUUUAAGUCUGUUUCUCACGAAUACGGGUGCGCGUCGCGCUCACAUUGCGCUGCGUGCCCGGGUCGCGAGCUGUCUUCACGUUGUGCUGAGGUUUGGUCACUUCGGUCUGAGAUUUCGGGUUUGUGUGUGGCCGAACCCUCGCACAGGUGUCCUGUCUUGUUUUUGUCGCCUGUUGGGUGCAUUGCGUGGCGUUUGCAAUGUACGCUCAGGUUUCGUUUAGUGUGAGAAUGCAUGGCAUCGCUUUGUUUGGCGUUGCUACGCAUUCUCUCGUCUUGCUUGUCGGUUGGCAUGAGUGUAUAUUGCCUUAUUGUCUUGGCGAUGUGCACUCAUGCCAUUCGGGUGUUUCGUUGUCUUGUGAGAGCACGUGGCUUUGUUUUGUUUCUGUAUCGCUGCAUGCCUCUCUGUCUUGCGUCAUUGCCCAUUAUUAAUACAUUUGUUACACCUGUCUUGUUAACCUAUUGAUUUCUCUAUCUAUUUUAGUCUCCUCAUAUUAACUGUCCAGUGCUAGUUCGUCUUGAUUUACAGUCUUGUGUGUCUUGUGUGAUCCAGUCGGUCUUGUGUAGUCAUCGGUCCUGUAUGUUCCUCAUCCCAUCCCUGUUAGGUCCGGUUGGUCCUGGUUCCCCAUUUCCCCUCUGCCCCAGCCCUGGAUUGUUUGUUUCCCCCUACGGGGUUGUUUAUGUUUGUUUUCCCCCUUGUGGGAGUUUUGGUUGAGUUUUUCCUCUAUUUUUAUUUAAUAAAUUCCCUUUUAUUUCUUCAAAUCUGCGCCUGGGUCCUGUCUCUGCAUUCUCUGACCCAGAUUGUCUGGACAAUCUGACUCAAGCCCAGUCCUGUGCUCAAGCACCUCCGUUAUGGACAGCAUGCCAAAUCUGUUUACCCUAAUGCAUUCCAAGACUAUAUGAACAAGUGAACUAGUGAAAUAAUGUUGAUUGUUUGUGAAUAAAUAUGUCUCUGUCAGAAUGUGUCAGAGUGCUAAUCACACAUUGUCAACAACAUGCUUAUAUCAUAGAGUGAUGCACUGCCUAUAAAGUGAACCAUAAUGCUGCCCUCAUAUAUACUGGCAAAUCCUUCAUUAUUAAA